AUGGGGGAGAGGAGGAGGUUUCCUGCUAGCGCUUGCUUGCUCGCCCUCGCCGCAGUGGUGGUGUUGCAGGCGGCAGUGGUGGUGCUCGUCCUGGGCGAGGCGAGUGACGGCGGGGCCCUGCUUGUCGGCCCACGGCAGCUGGAGAAGUUCGUGGACGAGAUGCCGGACAUGCCGAGGCUACGCGGCUACGGCGUCACAGAGCGCGGCGCGCUCGUCGCCGACAACCUCACCAUCGGCAUGUACGACACCAGCUGGGUAAGCGCUCGUAACAUACAUGUAUGUAUGUAUGUACGUCAGUACGUGCGUGCGUGGCUGCGCGCACAAAAAAAUGCAUACCUCUAG